AGGCAGUCACUUGGAUCACCCUUUCCGGACCACGCUACCGGUCGCCUCUCUGUAACCACGCCUGCUGUUAGUACCCUGGGUUCUCUUAAAAUAUCGGAAUCCAACCCAGUGGCGGCUACCUAUCUCUCAGGCCGGCCCAUUUUCAGCACCGGCGCUGUGACCACUACCACAAUGACCCUGAGUGGCGGCAAGCGACCUAUUGUGCACAAGUAUCACUCUUUUCGAAAAAUUUCCCCAAAAACUGACGACUCGAUGGUUGCUACCGCCACUGCUACCGCUGCUGGAAAGCGCGUGGACUCUGACCCUUCCGGUCCUCAGAAGCCAGUAGGAGGAGGAGGAGGAGGAGGCGGAGGCUUGCAUCCAUCCCAGCUGCUGAAGAGCCUCCUCGAGUGCGGCGGAGCCAAUCGCGAGACAGCCAGUGCGGUUGCUGCCGCAACGACCCCUGGU